CAAAAACGGGCAUUAUCAUAUCAUAUACAAUCACACAAAGGCUAGGGUUUUCAUCCUCUCGUUGCAGGCAAAAAUCCCAUUUCAAAUUCCAGGCUAGGGCUGCAAAGGUUUGGUGUUGGUAAUGGCUGGGAGAGAAGAAAACCGUAUAUUCGUCGGAGGGUUGUCGGCGCACACCACGGAGAGGCAGCUCGACGAUGCGUUCCGUCGUUACGGGAAGAUCCUCGAGUCGGUGGUAAGGGUUUUUUUUUUCUACGUCUCCGUGUAUUUUUUUCUUUUUGAUAACUCAGGUGUCGGGGGUCCUAAUUAAAGCCAAAACAAAGCUAUGUGUGGACUGCCGAGUUGAUAGCAGUCUCAACUUGUCGGCCCAUGCCAGGAUUUGUAUAUAGCGGGGGUCUAAAACACGUGUAUUUCUACUGUAAUAACCAAAAUUGUACUCCAUGUUUAUAUGUUUCUACUUGGUAGGUCUAAGUUUGUUGUGCAUAUUUGUAGCCAUCAUUUUAUUUUACACGCGCCACCGAAAAAUUGUUUAUGAUUUAGAAUAAUAGCAAGGUUUUUCCGCGAGUAUAUCUACAAAUUCGUACAUGAUGUCGAUCAUGGGCUUGGAAAAGUGGAAUUAUGUGGUAUUAGAAGUGAAGUUCAUAAUAUGCAAAAAUAAUGAAGAAAAAGUAAAAGUUUAUUAUGGUUUAAGUUGUGUUUUGUUCGUUAAUAUAGGGGUUCAUGAGCACUUCUGUUGCUGAUUUGUAUUACUUGUUUAGAAAGUUUAGUUUUGUAUUUUGAUGAAACUUUAUGUGGGGGUAGUAUUGGGAAUUUGGGAUUGGGUUUGUAAAGCACAGAGGAGAGUAGACUGUUAAUUUGAUCAGCUACUAUAGAAGUAUGGUUCAGGGUUGAACAAUUGCAAGUAGCUACCUCAGAGGUUAACUUCAAGCGUAUGCCCCUCCCCUUUUUCAAAUUUAUGUUCUAUUGGAGCUUGAUUCUUAGGGUUAAGCACUUUUCCAUUUUGAGAUGGGACGGGAGAAAAAAGGACGAGGGCAAAAGGAACAUGACAUUGAUUGUAGAGUAUUGGAUUUUGAGAUUUGCAAAUGUGAAAAAAGUUUCAUGACGAAAUAGCAUAGCAUCAUGUGUUCUAUUUUGGAAGUGCAUGAUGAGAACGCCUCAAAACAAUUCAAAACUUAUCAUUAACUUAAAUAUAGUCAGGUAGUCUGCAGCUUUAAAUGUGAGGUAAUAGUUCCAUUUCAUGGAGGGCUGAUACUCAAGUUGCUAUGUGCAUAAGUCUGCACAUUUGGCUAUUAUGGAGAAAUUCCAAAUAGAUUUACAAAAUUACGUAAUGCUCCAUAUGGCCAAAGUGGGAGCUAACUAAUUUCUCAUUUUUCAGUAGUUAUAUGUUGCAUUUGGUGGUUGGUGUUUCUGACAUUUUCUCUUCAAUUAUGCAUCUCCUUUUUUCCCUUUCUUCAUGGAACUUACCAUUAUUGUUUUUGUUGUACUUUUCUCAUACCAGUUCUGGUUUUUUAAGAUGGGCAAUGUGCGAGAUUGUUGUUCACUUGGAUUGCACCAUCUCAGGACAGCUCAUUUAUCAUUUGUUCAUGCGCUUUCCUUUUGAGUGUUAUGAGCUGUGGAAGAACUAUUCAGUUGACAUGCGGAUAACAGCUACUGUUAAUACCUUGUUGUCUGAUUGCAAGUGCCAUCUCUCAGGAUUGUAUGUGUGCGCUAUUCGAGUUACAGUGUCUGAUUGCUGUUGUGUGGCUGUCAGCUGAUUUUAUGUCGUCACAUACUGUAGCUUGUGCGGGAAUGAUGCUCUUUACCGGGAAAACCAACCCUUAUUUUCAUAUUUGGAUGUGUUAUUUGCUCAAUGUUGCUAAUUGCGGCUUAGAUUGGUUAGCAAUUUGCCAGUGCAUACAGCAUCUUGCCUUAAUGUUGUCAUUGUUGCACAGAAUAAGCGUUUGGAUUUCAAUUUUCUUUGGACAUGCUGAGUGACGAGUAACAAAAGCAAAGUUGUGAUGGUGCAUGUUGCGCGAAGUUGUUCGACGACUGGUUGUACUGUGUGUUCCAUGGUUUGUUUCAGUGUUCUUGCUAAAGUUGAGAAUUUAGUUUCCUUUUUAAUAGAAUGUGUUUUGUAUACCGACCAAGUCUUCUUCGAGGCUGCAUGUUAGGAUUUCUUGAUUCAGCCCGUUGUCAGUGGAAUGGUGGAGGUUUGAGUUGAGCCCACUGGAAGAGUAUGACCGACUGAUAUCGGUGAGGCAUACGGGUUGUGCAACAAGAUUCAUCUCGUCUGGCUAAAUUCACUGUUUGGAAGACAAUAUCUGAUGCAUUCUGUGUAACGGCUUGAGUGCUUGUAAUUUUCAAGUUUGUGCCAGUAUAUCCGCUUGAGAAUGGGGUCAAUUGCAAUAGAGUAGUUGCUUUACCAGGAGCACAAGGCAGAAAUUUCGUCUACUAAUGUGGCUUCUUUGUACCGAUGUGUCCGAUGAAGAUUUAUUACCAAUGGUUUCCGGAAGUACCUGAGAGACCCGUGGGUGGAUGCUGUAGUUUCCUGUGACUUCUGUAGCUACAAUGACCAGAGUGAUUAGGUCAUUAGAAAAAUUAUGUUGCUGCCUUGAUGUUUGUCCUAUUCCUGCCUUCUAUCGUGUUGCCAUAAUUUCUGUUCUCAUGGAUAAGUGAUUUGUUUUGUUCUCUCCUCAUCCAUUGGCAGCUCUUGUUUCUCUGAUAUGACUAUCAGCAUUCACGUUUUUGUAAUUUCCUUCCUUGUUGGGUUUAGCUAUGCAACAGCUCCUGAGGCGCUCUUUCUUUGCCUUUUCUUCCUUCUACUGAAAGUGCGUGGUAUCACCAGUUUUGUUUUUAUGAGACUAUGGGAGUGAUUUGUGUCUUCUUCUGGACAUGUAGCAUUGCAGUUUGAAGUGGCAGUUUGUCUCAGCUAUUAGAUUGGUGUGAUUCGGUUUGACAUGGCAGAGUAUGGAAUUUGUUUCUGACAUGGUUGAAAAGGCUAGGAUGAUUUUCUGUUGUUUGGAGUCUUAGAAUGGCUUAGAGUUGUAGUUUCAAUGUUGUAGGUGGUUUAACUGGCUGGUGUUGUAUAAUUGUCACCCUACAGUCUGUUCCUGCUGCUUUCUAGUAGUAAACCCUUUUGCCUGGUACCAAUUUCAUUGUUAACCUGCUCGCAGUGGGCUGUGGAAAUACUUUCUUUGGUGAUUGAUAUGAUUUAUCCCUCUUUGGAACCUGAGCAAACAUUUAACCUGUGAUGGUAUUACAAGCUGAUUCUGGUGCAUAUGUCGGGAAUGAAGAGAGCAGUUGUAAAGAAGAACCUGAUAGUUGUCUGAGACAUGUUUAUUUUGUUUAUAUUUCGAUGGAGCAAGUUUAUGGUUCUAGAAUGUACUAGGAGUGAGUAAUAUGCUCAUAAACAGAUCGCUUUUAGAAUGCAUUGCUUUCAGACUCAGUACAGGUGCCUAUCUUUCUUCAAGACAUGUUUAGCAAAGACAUGUUCAUUGGAUUUGUGAGGCAUAGAUGGUUUAAAUGUCCACUGUUUAGGAUGUCUCCAUUUUCCAUUUGAGAUCAGGUCAUAUGGCUGAGUAAAAUUAUGAAAUAGAGAUACACACGAGGUUGGUACUAUGAAAAAUUGCGCUUCAUGGUCUCACGUUGAGGGUAUAAUGUGGUCAGAAGUUGUGUAUUAGCUUUUCGGUCAGCAUGGAAUCAUGCCCAAUUCUACCGUUCUCGGGUCAUGGUGGAAAGAGAGACCGGUCGUCCUCGCGGAUUCGGGUUUAUAACCUUUGCAGACCGCCGGGCUUUGCAGGAUUCAAUCAGAGAGAUGCAUGGUCAGGAAUUGGAUGGUCGAGUCAUCUCUGUGAACAAGGCCCAGCCCAAAAUGGGUGGGGAUGAUCCUGACUAUGGCUAUGGUAGGGGACACCCGCCAAGUGGUCGGGACAGUUACAGGGCAGGGGACAAGCCAGUUGGACAAUCUGAGUGUUUCAAGUGUGGGCGUUUGGGUCAUUUUGCACGGGAAUGCCCUUCAGCUGGUGGUGGUGGUAGGUUCUCUUCAGAUUCACGAUUUGGUGGCGGCGAACGGUUUGGACCGGAUCGUUUUGAUGACCGGUUUGAUGGGGGCCGCUAUGGAGACAGGGAGCACUUGGGUCACAGAGAAGUAAGGUACGAGAAUCGUGAUCGUUACAGCAAUGACAGGUUUCCUACUGGAGGUGAUAGGUUUGUGGACCGGGAGCCUCAAGCCCGCUACGGCAGAGAAAGGGUUGUUGGUAGAGAUGGAGGCCCAAGGGGUGGUAUGGAUAGAUUUGGAAGCGGAGGGCCCACUCGUUAUGAAGGACGAAGUCAUAGGGACAAAUCUGGUCCUUAUGACCGCCCGAGAAGGGGAGGUCAUUCUUCUUCUUAUGACCGUUACUAAGGCAAUGGUUGCUUUUGUUAUCCCGUCCGUUGAUAGUUGUUUGUUUAGCCAUUUAGUACUUUGGCAUUUCAAUUCUCGCAGUUUGUAGUUUAUCUACUGGAAGUAACGUAUUCGGAGAUCUCUUGGGUACAAUUACAUUUUGUGUUCCUAGUUGAGAGUAUUUUUUUCAGGUA